UCAGGGAUAACCACAACAAUGGACGAUUACACGAAAAUAGAGAAGAUUGGGGAAGGUACCUAUGGUGUUGUGUAUAAAGGUCGUCACAAAACCACAGGCCAGGUGGUUGCAAUGAAGAAAAUACGCCUAGAAAGUGAGGAGGAAGGUGUUCCAAGCACUGCUAUCCGAGAAAUUUCUUUAUUAAAAGAGCUGAAUCAUCCCAAUAUAGUCUGUCUUCAGGAUGUUCUCAUGCAGGAUUCAAGACUGUACCUUGUCUUUGAAUUCCUUUCCAUGGAUCUCAAGAAAUAUUUGGAUAGUAUUCCAUCUGGCCAGUAUCUGGAGCGUUCACGUGUCAAGAGUUAUCUGUACCAAAUUCUGCAAGGCAUUGUCUUCUGCCACUCAAGAAGAGUUCUGCACAGGGACUUGAAACCUCAGAACCUCCUGAUAGAUGACAAGGGAGUGAUUAAACUGGCAGACUUUGGAUUGGCCCGAGCCUUUGGAAUCCCAGUGCGGGUCUACACACAUGAAGUAGUGACACUGUGGUACAGGUCUCCAGAAGUGCUGCUGGGAUCUGCUCGUUACUCUACUCCUGUAGAUAUCUGGAGCAUAGGAACCAUAUUUGCUGAGCUGGCAACUAAAAAGCCACUUUUCCAUGGGGAUUCAGAGAUUGACCAGAUCUUCAGAAUCUUCAGAGCUUUAGGGACCCCCAACAACGAGGUAUGGCCUGAGGUGGAAUCCCUGCAAGACUAUAAAAACACAUUCCCAAAAUGGAAGCCUGUCAGCCUUGAAACACAUGUCAAAAACUUGGAUAAAGAUGGACUUGAUCUGCUGGCUAAAAUGUUAAUUUAUGAUCCUGCAAAAAGGAUUUCUGGCAAAAUGGCCCUGAACCAUCCAUAUUUUGAUGAUUUGGACAAAUCCACUCUUCCUGCUAAUCUGAUUAAGAAAUAGGCCUUCAGACUAAAUCAUCCAGAGUGAAAUAACUGUGAUUACUUUUACUCUUCAGUCUGUCAUUUGUAUGUCUGUCUUUCUGCUCUUAAGAUUGGCUGUAUUCCGUUUGUUUUGGUUUAAGUGUUACCUAAAUGUAAAUAUUAACCUGUUAGUGCUGAGUUCAAAUCCAAUGCAAAUACUGCUGCAAUUAAUGCAGUCACCUUUCUAUAAAUAAAGCUUUAACCCCA